CGAUAUCCGGGCAAGCACAUCCCCACUGGUCAACAGAAGGGCGCAGAACAACGAAGUAUAAGUCCUCCUCGAGAUACAGCAACCACCAAAUCAGUAUAUUCUCCCCUGAGACAACGAAUGUCAACAAUUCAAAUGUAAAACGAUUUGACGCCGUCAUGGGCUCCCCUGCCAUUGAACUGGAGAACCGCUUGCCGGUGCUCGCUCCCGCCGUCACCGCCGUCGACGUGACCAACGCCCAGGAGAGUAAUGCCACACAAAUUCAAACACUGCACGAGUUUUCUCUGCCGCCCGUCGACACGGGCAAAGAUGCAUGGCUCUUUCUUGCUGCCUGCUGGGCCGUUGAAGCCUUGGUGUGGGGAUUCGGUUUCUCCUUUGGGGUCUUCCAGGACUAUUACUCCUCCCACCUGCCUUUUCAGGGCGCCGGCAACAUUGCCGUAGUGGGCACUACUACCCUGGGCGUCAUGUACAUCGCCACGCCCUUCGUCAUCUCUCUCUCCCGCCUGCGUCCCCGCUGGGCGCGCUGGUUCACCCUCGGCGGGCUCGUCGCGGCUGCGCUCACCAUGGCCCUCAGCUCCUUUUGCACCACCGUCGACCAGCUCAUCGCCACGCAGGGCGUCCUCUUCGGCAUCGGCGGCUGCUUCGCCUAUUGCCCCAGCAUCCUCUACAUCGACGAGUGGUUCGCGCGGCGCAAGGGCAUGGCGUACGGCAUCAUGUGGAGCGCCGCCGGGUUUGGCGGGGUCGUGCUGCCGCUGCUGCUCGAGUUCCUCCUGACGUCGUACGGCUUCCGCACGGCGCUGCGCGUCUGGGCGGUAGUGCUGUUUGUUCUGGCGAUCCCGCUGUCCUUCUUUGUCAAGCCUCGGCUACCGCUGUCGGCGACGGCGGCCGUCAAUGGGCGCCCGUUCAAAAAUAUGCGCUAUGUCCUGUCGAGGCGGUUCCUGCUGCACCAGAUGGCCAACGUCGUCCAGGCGACGGGCUACUUCCUGCCGGGCGUCUAUCUCCCUUCGUAUGUGCGCGCCACCUUUGACGCGUCGACGAUGCUGUCGGCCUUGACCGCCGUGCUUGUCAACAUUGCCGCGACCAUGGGCUCGAUCGUCAUGGGCUGGAUGACGGACAAGCUGCCCGUCACGACGUGCCUGGUGUUGUCCGGCAUCGGAGCCAGCGUUGCGGCGCUGGUGCUGUGGGGGCUGACGUCGACAUUGGCGGGCGUGUAUGCAUUCUGUGUCGUGUAUGGGCUCUUUGCUGGUUGCUACACGUCCAUCUGGCCGGGGAUCAUGCGCGAGAUUGCGAGUCCGAAAGAAUCCGAGGAGCAUGCGCACGCAUAUGUCGACCCGACUUUGGUUUUUGGAUGGCUGUGCGCUGGCAGAGGGAUCGGAAACGUGGCGUCUGGGCCCCUGAGUGACUUGCUUAUCCAUGGUCGUCCGUGGUUGGGCCAGGCGAUGGGAGGGUACGGAAGCGGCUAUGGGAGCCUGAUUGUGUACACCGGAGUUUCGGCAGUAGUUGGUGGGAGCGCUUUUGUCUGGAGACGACUCGGAAUACUCUAA